GAUUCUCCCAUAUCCGCACCCCCCUAAAUUCAAAUGGCUACCAUUCCAACAAUUUCCUUAGACUUGCUCUCUUCUCUCCCCACAACAAUUUCCCUUCUAUUUUUCUCCUUUACGGUUGCCUUCUCUAUUUUCUCCUUCUCUCUUUUCCUCCUCCGCCUUAACCCUUGUUGUAACUGCUCCUUGUGUCGCGCCUAUCUUUCUUCUUCCUGGUCUUCCUCUUUCCCAAACUUAUCCGAUUGGUACACUCACCUUCUUUCCCACUCCCCCACCGCCACGCUCCACCUUCACGUCAUCUCCAAUAUCGUAACCGCCAACCCCGACAACGUCCAACACAUCCUUAAAUCCAACUUCCAUAACUACCCCAAAGGAAAACCCUUCUCUUCCAUCCUUGGUGACCUUCUUGGUCAUGGAAUUUUCAAUGUGGAUGGUCAUUCUUGGCGGUAUCAACGCAAGAUGGCGAGUUUGGAACUAGGGAGUUUGUCACUUCGGUCUCACGCGUUCGAGAUUUUAACGACGGAGAUUCGGAGUAGGUUGGUACCUACGGUGAAUGGAAUUGGGAGGACGAUGGAGGUGGUGGAUUUGCAAGAUGUGUUUAGGAGGUUUUCGUUUGAUAAUAUUUGUAGGUUUUCAUUUGGGUUGGAUCCGGGGUGUUUGAGGUUGUGGUUGCCGAUGUCGGAAUUCGCAGUGGCAUUUGAUUUGGCGUCGAGGUUGUCAGCGGAAAGAGCGAUGGCACCAUCGCCGAUUAUGUGGAGGAUUAAGAAGAUGCUGAGAGUGGGAUCGGAGAGGAAGCUUAGGGAAGCGAUUAAAAUGGUAGAUGGAUUAGCGAUGGAAGUUAUAAGGCAAAGGAGGGAGAUGGGGUUUUCUAAUAGAAAUGAUCUUCUCUCUAGAUUCAUGGCUUCUACCAAUGAUGAUAGAUAUCUUAGAGACAUUGUCGUCAGCUUCCUCCUUGCCGGUCGGGACACGGUGGCGUCGGCGUUAACUAGCUUAUUCUGGCUACUUUCCCAAAACCCGGAAGUCGAGACCGAAAUUAUCUCCGAGUCAGACCGGAUCAUGGGGCCGGAUCGAGACAGGUUCCCCAGUUUCGACAAUCUUAAAGAAAUGCACUAUCUCCAAGCAGUGGUCUACGAGAACAUGCGCCUCUUUCCACCGGUUCAGUUCGACUCCAAGUUUGCCGAGGAAGACGACAUCUUGCCCGAUGGUACAUUCGUCCAGAAGGGCACAAGAGUAACAUACCACCCUUACGCCAUGGGCCGAAUGGACCGGAUUUGGGGACUCGAUUGUCUCCAGUUCAAACCGGAGAGGUGGCUUAAGAACGGUUACUUCACGCCUGAAAACCCCUUUAAGUUUCCGGUUUUUCAAGCCGGCUUAAGGGUCUGUCUAGGGAAGGAGCUAGCAGUGAUGGAUGUGAAAUGUGUGGCGGUGGUAUUGAUUCGAAAGUUUAAGAUCCGGUUAGCAGGAACCGAUCGGAUUGCUCGGUUUGCUCCCGGUCUAACGGCUAGCUGGAGAGGGGGAUUACCGGUUCGAAUUGAGGAAAGAGCCAAUUGUUAACCUGAAAUUGGUUUUGGGAAAUUAUAACUUUUGUGAUGUACAAA